AAAGCGCUCGCCGCGCACCGCCGGGACGCGCGAACGCUGCCCCCGCGCGCUCGCGCAGCUCCACCCGCACGCCGUCGACGCGCGGCGUUACCCCAGCCGCGCCCGCGCCGCAGGACCAGCAACACCUGCAAUCUCCCAGGCAGCAAAAACCAGGCCGCAGGACCAGAUGCAAUCUCCCCGGCAGGCCUGGCCCCCGCCCGCACCCAGUAAGCCCCCGGACAGCCCGUCGUCGCCUACUUUAAAAGAGCUGAAAGCCUCGCUCCAGCUCUGCGCCUCGCCGAAGAACGGCGACGACAAGACGUACUCUUACUUGACCGCGGGCGUCUCGACACCUACACAACCGUCUCUGAUCGAUGACCUGAAGGCAUCUACCAGGACACUACUCCUGGUAACGGUGCUCUCACCUCUCCUACUGCUGUUAAUUGUCUACCACACGCUGGCCGAUGCCAUAGCUGGUACCCUCACAGCAUUCAUAUCACUGUUAGUACCAGCCAAAAAGAACAGCAGAGGAGCCGUCUCGCCGACGAAACGAAGGGACCAGCGACCGUCGAUCGUCUUCCCGGGCUGCGGGUGCUACGUGUUUUGGCAACUAGGGAUGUGCCAGUUUCUCGUGGAAAGGUACGAUUUAAGAGGUGUGAAAAUUGUCGGCAACGGCUCCGGUGCUGUUUGCGCCGCCGCUAUUCUAGCGAUGGAGUCGGGUGUCCCGGGGUACCCGCCCCCGGCGGCCUGUGUGGUCCGGAAGCGGGCGCGCGCGAUGCAGAAGGCAAUAGAUCAGUCUAUAGAUUCUAUUCGAUUGUCGCAGAUACUGCGAACACUACUCGAGGAGCACCUGCCGUCGUCGGACCAUCUGUCGCUGGGCCACGACCGCAUCGCUGUUGGGAUGAGGACGCUGCAGUGUCGACCUUUACCUUGCUUGUACCCCGCAUUCGUUUCGCAAUACAGAAGCAGAGAAGACUUCGCGCAAGUAGUUAUAGCAGCAUCAGCUACGGCGCCGGGCAUCGCGUCGUGGAAGCCGUUCCGGUCGUUGCGGACCGGAGUGGCGUCUGACGGCGUGAAUGCCCUCUCACUUUGGAGUAUAGUGACGUACGCCCUAGCACUUUUGUGUAGAAAGGCGUCCGCCCCGCUCAAGGCCCACCCUUUGUCAUCGUUAGUCGCGGCGUGGAAUUUCCCGGUGCUCAACCUCAUCUUCGCGCGGUCUUCCACAUGUCCGGCGCGGGUCUGGGUCGCGCCGACGCCAUCUUUGUUGCUCCAUCGCUUCGUGGCGCCUUCUCGUUCUCAAGCCGCCAGUCUAUGGUCAAGAGGAUAUGAAGAAGGGAGGCGUCUCGACGCGCAGGGCGCGUUCGGCGCGCUCGAGUGCCCCCGACGCGCGGUGGCCUAG